AUGAAUCGGCUGUUGUGCACAACUCUGGUAAAAUAUUCCCAACGGAAUGCAAUUAAACCGAACUGUACCGUGCAAUGGUGUGCCCUGUCGACGUCCAGCAAUAGAUGGCACACCACCGCGGAACGAAACACUGCAAAUGACCAGCAUUACGACAUAAUCAUCGCCGGUGGUGGAAUGGUUGGAACAGCACUAGCCUGCGCUCUCGGUAAAAAUAGCCGACUGCAGAAUAAAAACAUCCUGCUGCUAGAGGCGGCACCCGGCUUUAAGCAACCAUCCACUGCACAAUACAGCAACCGGGUGUCAGCAAUCAGCAAGGGCACGUAUCGCCUCAUGAAGGCAAUCGGCGCUUGGCAGGAAAUUGAGCAAACGCGCGUCAAGCCGGUACUCAAGAUGCAGGUAUGGGACGCCUGCUCGGACGCUCUGAUCACCUUCAACUAUGACGACUUCUCCGAGAACAUUUCCUGGAUAGUAGAAAACGAUGUGCUGCUUGCCAGCAUCUACCGGCAGCUAGAAAGCGUACCGAAUGUACGUGUGCGCUACUCAUCCAAAAUUGCCACCUGUGAGCUGAUGCGGGACGGUGCAGACAAAAGCACCGUGCGCCUUGCCGAUGGUGAAACGCUCAAGUGUGAUCUACUGGUUGGUGCGGACGGUUUCAACUCCCUGGUGCGCCGGCAGAUGGGUGUCCACAAUUUCGCCCUCGCCUACAACCAGAUGGGUGUGGUGGCAACGCUUCGGUUAGCCAACGGCCCUACCGACAACGUCACCGCCUGGCAGCGGUUCCUUCCGACCGGACCGAUCGCGCUACUCCCGCUGAGCGAUGACACCAGCUCCCUCGUGUGGUCAACCGGUGUGGCAGAAGCGAAACGACUGCUCCAGCUCGACGGUGACUCCUUCGUUGCGGCCGUUAAUGCGGCGUUCCAUAAACCGAUGCCCCGCAACACGCUGGUGGAUGACGUGAUGAAGGGUGUCAAUACGCUCGUGAAGCAAACCACCGGUCAGCGGCUCGAGGCGGCCCCGGUCGUAGAGACGGAACUGCCCAACUCCCGUGCUGCAUUCCCGCUCGGGCUCGGCCACACUAGCACCUACGUUGGGCAGGGUGUCUGCCUGAUCGGUGACGCGGCGCACCGCGUGCAUCCGCUUGCCGGUCAGGGCGUUAAUCUCGGGUUUGGUGAUGUGCAGACGCUGGUGGACGUGCUGGCGGACGCAAACUAUGCCGGGCUGGGCAUCAGCAACCUCAGCGAGCUGCUCAAGUACGAACAGCAACGAUUGAAGCACAACGUACCGGUACUCCUUACCACGCACAGCCUCCAGCGGCUCUACACGACCGACUUCGUACCAACCGUUGCCCUGCGAAGCAUCGGUCUCACGCUGACCAAUGCCUUCCCACCGGUGAAGAAAUUCCUAAUGAACUACGCCAUGUCUUAA